AUGGAGGCUGAGAAGUCCCAUGCUCUGAUGUCAGAAAGCUGGAUAUCCAGGUGUAGUUCUAGUCUGAGUCUAAAGUCUAAAGGGAACCAGAAUAAUAUACGCUCCCUCCCACCGCAACUGGAACUAGGCGCACUGCGCGACUGUGAGGCUGGGCCUCUCGUCCGCUCCGAAAGCCUCGCGAGGCUUGGGGCUGCGUUCUUUGUGAGGGCGUCGCCGGGGGCCAGGUGCUGGGGUCCGGGUGCUGGGGUGGCGUCCGGAGUGGCUCGCUGGCUGGUAUUGGCGCCUGUCCGAUAUGGGGCUCUCUGGAGAGGACCGAGCUUGACGAAAGAUGGAGAUAUCUCCACCGGACGGGGCGGCUCAGGUCAGAGCCUGGUACCGUCGAGGUCAGUCAUAGUUACUCGCAGCGGCGCCAUUUUGCCCAAACCGGUGAAAAUGUCCUUCGGCCUCCUCCAUGUGUUCUCCAUUGUGAUCCCCUUCCUCUAUGUCGUGAUGCUCAUUAGCAAGAACUUUGCCGCUCUACUUGAGGAGCAUGACAUUUUUGUCCCAGAGGACGACGAUGAUGACGACUAACAGGCCAUGAAGUUCAGGAAGGAGAAAGCCCUCCCUGAAUCAAGACGUGGCAAUGCUCACAGCCCCUCCUCCUUGCCUAUCAGCAGAAGGGACGAGCGAAAGCCCUCAGCCUCCCAACUCCAGUGAAGCCUCCUGCAAGGCACAUGCCCACAGCCCUUUGUCCCAGGCUCUGGGAGGGUCCCCGAGAUGCGCAAUCCACUGAGCAUAACCAGAUGAUGAAUAAACAUGACAAAUAUCAACUA